AUGGCCUUAUCCGUGGCCUUGAUCACCAUGAGCAACCCCACUGAAGAAGAAGAGAAGCCCCCGUUUUCACAUGGCCAUGGUGGUAUUGGGUGGAGUCAGAAGGGAGAUCAGCUUGACAAUGAAAAUGAUGAUCAUGUAGUGGAAGUUCUUCCUUCCAAAAGAGUGAGUAGGUUUUUGGCUGCUAACACUGAGAAAAACCCCAGAGCCGCGGACCAUUGCAACGAGGACAACGAGGUGUGCAAGACAGGCUCCGGGAACUCGACUACGUGCUGCAGCAAAAAGUGCAUGGAUUUGUUGUACGACGAUGACAACUGCGGUGCGUGCAAGAAGAAGUGUAUGUACACUCAGUCUUGCUGCCGAGGGCAGUGCGUAGACUUGGCUUUUGACAAGAGGCAUUGUGCAACAUGUAACAAUCGCUGUGAGGACGGAAAGUACUGUAUCUAUGGUCUUUGUGACUACGCUUGA